AUGCCAACCGAUGCGCCCGAACCAGCGCCAGCUGAAUUUCUCGAGUCAUACCAGCGUCGUGUCGCCUGGGGUCACCUCCGAGAUGGAGUUCAGGACGGGGAGCUCUGUACGCCUUGCCAGCUUGCGGUAGACGAGGGAGACUAUCGCCGUAUUGGUACAGCAGCCUGGCUGAACAAUGGUUUUGUCAACUGCGAGCACCUGGAUGAGCCAUUGAACUACUGCAGCUUAUGCAGACACAUCCUAAGAGCUCGAGAGCGAGCGAGCGAGAAAGGAAUAGUUGAUAACACGCCCGAUAACAUAGAACUGGACUGGAUGGGGGCGAAUAUUUUCUGUCAUGACAAAGGCACCGAUCUCGACGGAGACGAUACGGUCCUACGAGAUUUCAGGGUCAAGAAAUGUCAAAGCAGCAGAUCGAUACAGCGUGAUUUAGUCGAGAUCGAUAGGAUCCAAAGCUGGCUGAACGAAUGCGAAAGUCAGCACAUCGAAGAAGGUUGCAACAGGCAUCGAGACGAAGCGAAAAACGAGCGAAAUACCUUACUACUAAUUGAUGUUCAGAACGACUGUCUCGUGCAGGGGCACUUCAGCGACCGCUUUUUCGCCCUCAGCUAUGUCUGGGGUACUUCGCAGCAGUUCCUCACUCUCCAAAGCAACUAUCCAGGACUUUUGGAAAAGGGCAGCCUGUUGACGCAGCCAAUCACCCAGACUAUCCUAGACUCGAUGACUUUGUGCAUCAUUCAAGAUGAUGUGAUCAACAAAGCAACGGCGAUCACUCAGAUGUCUUCAAUCUACAGCUGCGCAGUCGCCACAAUUAUAUGCUUUAGUGGAAACUCUGCCGAUGCUGGCUUGUCAGGAAUAUCCCCCACCACCAGAAACAAAUCGGCUGUCUACAUUGCCCCAGGUCUCAGUGUGAUAAAGCGACCGAAUUUGAAGUUGGACUCGACUGAGACUGAGUACAUCUAUCACACCCGAGCCUGGACGUUCCAGGAACAACUAUUGUCCAACCGAAGCAUCAUCUUUCUCGAGGAGCAGGUCCAUUUCCAGUGCAAGAGAGAGCUUCUCUCUGAAGACAGCUAUGUUCAUAGCGCCGCAGAUAGAACCUAUCUCCAAACCACACUUGAAUCUGUACGCCUGACAAGCGAAAAUAAAAAGAAAAGGAACAAAUUGUACAGUCCCAUCGAAGAUUUCCAAUGGUAUGAAGAAUUUGUCCCUGAAUACACUGCCAGGAAAAUGGGGUAUCCGGCUGAUAUCAUUAACGCAUUCACUGGGGUCCAAACGCAACUGAGCAAGCUUUUCGGCUGGAGGUUCACAGCAGGGUUGCCAAUACAACUCUUUGAUCUUGCACUCUUAUGGACACCCAUCAACUCUGUAGUCCGCAGGGUCACUGAGCUUCCGCAUCCUAGUUGGAGCUGGUCGGGCUGGAUAGGAUGCGUGCAUUACAAAGACGUCCCGGCUUAUCUCAACUGGCCAGGUGGAUUACCGCUAGGAGAUAGUUUCCUCAGAAAAUCAUCCAACCUAGAGAUCGACACCAAAUCAUCUGCAGUAUUACAUUUUGAAGGCGAGGUCGUCACCUUGGACGCCUUCUCCCUGAAACAGAGCGAGAAACAACUCAUUAACACACGAGCAAAUCUCCCAGUGACACCGCACAUACACUUCGUAUACAACCAAUUUGGUCGCUGCGGUAUCUUCUAUGGUCUGCAGAGUAUCGACAACAUCACCGACCACGAGGGCAGCUUCCGGCUCUUGCGACUCAGUGAGUGGCAAACUAUGCUGCAAGAUGGCUCCUACCAUGGCCCAUGUUUAUCAUACUUGGUUGAAAACGGAUAUGAGCAUAAGGAAAAACUGUUUGAUGAGAUUUUUGAAGAUACAAGGUGGUCCACGCUAAAUGUUAUGUGCGUGCAACGGAGUAGAGGGACGUGGCAGAGAGUGGCUGUGGGACAUGUGCAUACGCAUGCUUGGAGGGAUGCAGGCCCUGUGCGGGAGAAGCUAGAGAUACGGUGA